AUGAGCACUCCCACCGCCCCAGACCCGCUCGACGCGGACGCAGCGCUCGUGUACGACUACCACAGGCUGCACGAGACGCCCACGCCCAGCGACGCGCUGCUCGUGCUCUGCUCGCUCGACACACGCGUCGCGCACCACGCGGCGCAGCUGUACCUCGCCGGCCUUGCGCCGCUGCUCGUCUUCUCCGGCGGCGUCGGCGCGCUCACCGCGGGCAGAUUCGCGGCCUCCGAGGCUGCGGCGUUCGCGGCGGUCGCGCGCAGCCUGGGUGUUCCGGACAGCGCGAUCCUGCUUGAGCCGCACUCGUGCAACACGGGCGAGAACGUGCGGCUGACACACGCCCUGCUGCGGGACGCGGGUCUGCUUGCAGGGAUCCGCCGCGUGAUACUGGUCCAGAAGCCGUACAUGGAGCGCCGGACGUACGCGACGUUCGUAAAGCAGUGGCCUGGGAGCGAGAUUCAGAUCCAGGUGACCAGCCCGCCACUGGACUGGGCAGAGUAUCCCGACGCGGAGAAUCCGCGUGAUUUGGUAGUGAAUGUGAUGGUCGGCGACCUGGUGCGCAUCCGCGAGUACGCUGCGCUGGGAUUCCAGAUCGCACAGGAUAUCCCAGCUGAUGUGUGGGCGGCCGGACAGCGGCUCAUCGAAGCAGGUUACGACCAACACUUGCCGCAGACCACUUCUACAUAG